GAGACCCCGCACACGCCCCGCACGCACGCCCGGGCUCAGCAGCAUGAACAGUCCAGAGCCACCCACUGCGACCCCCGGACCCAGCACCCCCACCUGGCCGACGCAGCCCACCUACAGCAACCUUGGUAAGGUCCGUGCCCACCUGCUGCCCUCCAAGGCCUGCCGACCGCGGACAUCCGGGUCCUCCUCGACCGACCCGCUGGUCUCGCCCCCACCCCUGCCCAACAAGACCCUGACCAGGGCCCGGUCCCUGCCUGCCCACAGGGUCCCCAAGCCCAGCCCGACUCCAGCAGGGCAGGCUCGGAGGCCCCUUCUGGGGUCCCGCAGUGUGGAUGAGAGCCAGGCAGGUGACGACAAGGCGGGGUCGGCCUGUCUCCACGCAGAGCUCCUCUUGUGCUCCUCAGACACGGAGCUGGGCCUGUCUUUCCACGACUUGCUGCGCCCGGAGGCCGUGCACGCCAUGCUGGAGGCCCGCCAGCUGGAGGGUCUACGCAGCGCGCACGCGCUGCUCCGCGCGCGGUUCCUGGGGGGCCGCCCGGGCCCCUGCCGCCCAGGCCACAGCUUCCGCCUCCUGGACAGGUCUCCCUGCGUGGAGAGCGGGGAGGCCCUCUACUACCGCACGGCUCGGGUCGACAAGGAGAUGUGGCACGUCCUGGCCGCCAAGGUGCCGAAGCCCGGAGCCAAGGAGCCUCACCCGUGGGGCCUGGAGCUUCAGGCCUCACUCCCCGCGCACUUCAACGUCCAGGGGCUGUGCGGCCUGGUGCCCAAGAGUGAGCUGCCGGAGGCGCCCUGGAGUGGCCCCGUGGCCCUAACAGCGGAGGAGCCAGAGUGCACAGUGGCUCAGUGGCUGGCGGAGGCGGGUGCGCGGAGACCCGCGGACUUCGCCUGGGCCCUGGCCCUGCUGCUGCUGCAGCUGAGCGCGGCCCUGGAGUGCCUGGAGGCCCGGGGCGCCGCUCUAGCGGAGCUGCGCCCGGAGAACCUGCUGCUGGCGGCGCCGCGGGGCUGCGCGGCCUGGGGGCCCCCGCGCCUGCUGCUCGCAGACUUUGGCCAAACACUGCUCUGGGGCCCGGGGGCCGCGCUCCGGAGCCGCGGAGCACCGCUAGGGCCCUGGCUGCGGGUGCGCCGCGCGCUGCUGGUCCUUCACCUGGCGGAGCGGGCCGCGGGCGGGGAGGCGCCUGGCCUGGAGGACUGGCUGUGCUGUGAAUACCUGCUGGAGGCCACCGAGGCGUCGGUGGGCUGCGCCCUGGACCUGCUGUGGGGCUGA